AUGGCUGAUAUUGUCGUUGCAAACAAUGAUGAAUCGAUGCUUCAGGUAGAAAAUGCAUUAUCUGAGCCUUUGAACAUAAAUGUCGAGGUUUUAGAGGAAAAUGGAGAGGAAUAUACUCCAAAUGAAAUCUCUGCAAUUGAUAAGGCUAUUUCAGAACGCAAUGGAUCGCUUAUAGAGAAACUCCUAAAUGAUGGAUCUCCACUUACUCCUAAAUCCUUCCAGAUUGCCAAUAAGGUGGCAGAUAAAAACGUUUUGAUUGUUCUUUCAGAUAAAACGCAAGAAACAAUCAAGAAAAUGUACAAAUCUCAUAACUACAUGGCAUUCAAAAACAAACUUAUCGACUUUUCUUCACAUAAUUUGUACAUAUUUGCGUUUAAUGUAAGCCAAGCCAAUUUUAUUGCUGCAAGAAGACAUAAUAAAGCAGUUAUCAUCGAUGCUGGUAUACACAAUGGCAAAUUAAUCAAGAAAUACAAAGAAAUAAAUAAAAAUUACCCCAAAUUAAUAGAAGAACUCAAUCUUGUUUUGCAAGGCACAAAAGUAGAUCUGGUCUUAAUCACACAUCCCCAUGAAGAUCACUUCUCUUUUCUUCCAGUUUUGCUACAUAAUUUCAAAGAAUCAUUCCAGAGUACAAAAUAUGUCUUUGGAGGUUACAAGAAAGAUUAUGAAGAAUUAAUUGAAUCAAUUGGGGAAGAUAAAAUAAAGUUCUUAGGAUAUAGUUAUAACUCUAGAACUUACAGAUGUCUCGAUGGACUGGAAAUAAAGAUCUGGGGACAAGAAAAUCCAAAUAUAUAUGAAAUCAAUCAAAUAUCAUUUAUUUCAACAAUUCAUAUCAAUGGUAGAGGAGUAAUGUUUACUGGUGAUGCAAAUGAGAAAAAUUUACAGAAUUUGAAGAUCGACAUACCUGAUAUUCCUAAUAUAGCAUCACAUCCGGAAAUUAAAACAUUUUUGGUUGAUAUUCAAGCGACAAUUAAAAGGUGUAGAGAAUCUAUGAAAAAUGCCACUAAAAUUGUAUUUCAAAAGCUGAAGGAAUUCAUGGAAAAGAACAAAUGUGAUGUAGAUCUUGAAGAAGCUAUUCAUCAUAUGCUAGGCCUUAAGGAAACGGUACUAAUAUUUGAACCACAUCACGGUUCACUUGCAAAUCAUGACUUUUAUAAAUAUUUUUCCGCUCAGGAUCCUAAAAAAGUUUUUUGUAUAUCGAGCGAUCCUAGGGGUAAAAGCCGCCUUCCUAAUGAGGAAUCAUUCGUUGGUCGCGUAAAAGAGCCAAAAGUCAAAGAACAUCCAGUUGUAUACGCAACAUUCGAUAAAAUACCUACAAUGAACGUCACAACAGAUCCUGUCUAUACAACUGGUUCAUGCUGUGACGGAAUGCACGUUUUCUCUCUCUCCCCAGAUGGAAAUCUUUCUGUCUUAGAUUUGACAGAAGAAACACCCGAAUGGGAGAAAUUCAAUAUAGAUUAUAGUUCUAUGAAUACAAACAAAGGCCCUAUGAAUACAAACAAUGAUUCUAUGAAUAUAAGCAAUGACUCUAUGAAUACAAGCAAUGACUCUAUGAAUACAAACAAUGAUUCUAUGAAUACAAACAAUGAUUCUAUGAAUACAAACAAUGAUUCUAUGAAUAUAAGCAAUGAUUCUAUGAAUACAAGCAAUGAUUCUAUGAAUACAAGCAAUGAUUCUAUGAAUACAAGCAAUGAUUCUAUGAAUGCAAGCAAUGAUUCUAUGAAUGCAAGCAAUGAUUCUAUGAAUGCAAGCAAUGAUUCUAUGAAUACAAACAAAGACUCUAUGAAUUCAAACAAAGACUCUAUGAAUACAAACAAUGAUUCUAUGAAUACAAACAAUGAUUCUAUGAAUACAAACAAUGAUUCUAUGAAUACAAACAAUGAUUCUAUGAAUACAAACAAUGAUUCUAUGAAUAUAAGCAAUGAUUCUAUGAAUACAAGCAAUGAUUCUAUGAAUAUAAGCAAUGAUUCUAUGAAUACAAACAAUGAUUCUAUGAACAUCAGUAAUAAUCCUAUGAAUAAUUAG